AUGUCAGGACGUCAAGGUGGUAAAGCUAAACCAUUAAAAGCACCAAAGAAAAAGCAACAAGAAGAUGAUGAAGAUGCUGCUGCUUUUAAAGCUAAAAAGGCAGCUGAUGAAAAAGCACGUAAAGAAAUGGCAGAAAAAGCUAAAAAAGGAGGUCCUUUGCGACAAUUCGAAGAUGAUCAAACAUUUGCUCCACCACCAUCAUUAAGUUAUUAUAGUAUAGAAGUAUUAAAUUCCAAAAAAUCAACAUCGAAUAGAUCCUCAAUCACUGGGAAGUAUAAUGAAGAUUUUGCAGAUAGACAAAGUGAGUUGAAAAAGAAAUUAUCAGCAACAUAUGGACAUACAACAACCGCAUCAACUCAAAAUUCAUUUAACACUCAUAAUUCUGCUGAUGAUAUAAUGGAUGAAAAAUCUGGAUCAACUUCAAAAUCAACAACAUCGACAGAUAACAAAUUAAAGAGAAAAAGAAAAUAUGGGAAACUACUAGGUGAACCAAAACGUGCAUCAGAAAUUAAUAUAUUAGAAGAUGAUCCAAUCCCUAUUGAUGAAGAACUAAUUAAAAAAAAUGUUGAGCAAAGAAAAGAACAACAACGACGAAUUGAAAUUGAAAAUCAAAUUAAACAAGAAAAUAUAGAAAUCGAAUUUAAAACUCCAUUAAAAUCACCAUUCGAAGAGAAAAGAAUUCCAUUAAGCAAUAUAUCACCAAAUGUAUUUAGAAAACCACAUAUUCCUGUUAAAAUACCCAUUGUCGAACAACAACCAAUACCUAAAUACGAACCACCUUCAGUACCUAAAUACGAACCCCCAGUACCAAAAUUUCAACCACAACCAAAUGAUGAAGAGUCACGAAAGAAAUUUGUGGUAAAUGGGAAAGAAUAUGAGAAAAUGGAAUUAUUAGGUAGAGGUGGAUCUUCAAAAGUAUAUCGUAUAAAAGCGUCAAAUGGUCAUCAGUAUGCACUCAAAAAAGUAAUGCUCAAUCAGUUUGAAGAUAUAGAAGGUUUCAAAGGAGAAAUUGCUUUAUUGAAAAAACUACGAAAUUACAAGAGAGUUGUCAAAUUAUAUGAUAGUGAAGUAACAAAAUCAUCCUUAUACUUAAUAAUGGAAAAAGGUGAUAUAGAUUUAGCAAUGUUAUUUCAAAAUAGAUUAAAUAUGAACUUACCAUUAGAUUUACAAUUUGUUAGAUAUCAUAUUUCAGAAAUGUUUAAAUGCGUAAAAGAUGUUCAUGAUGCUGGCAUUGUGCACAGUGAUUUGAAACCUGCAAAUUUUUUAAUGGUUAGAGGUAUAUUAAAGAUAAUUGAUUUUGGAAUAGCAAAUGCUGUACCCGAUCAUACAUCAAAUAUUUAUAGAGAAUCACAAAUUGGAACUCCAAAUUAUAUGGCACCAGAAGCUUUAGAGGAAGCAAAUUUAGUUGAAUCGAAAAAUACCACAUGGAAAGUUGGGAGACCUUCAGAUAUUUGGUCUUGUGGUUGUAUACUAUAUCAAUUUAUUUAUGGAAGACCACCAUAUGCUUCAUUGGCAGGCACCAAGAGAAUAUUGGCUAUAAUGAAUCCACAAUUUAAAAUACAGUAUCCACCUCAUGGAAUCGGAAAUGUUUUGGUUCCUCAAAGUGUCAUCAAAUUAAUCAAAAACUGUUUAAAUAGAGAUCCUGAUGAUAGAUGGACAGUUGAACAAUGUUUGGCAAGUGAUUUUUUCAAUCCCAAAGUAGUAGAUGAAAAUAUAAUUAGUAAAGUUGUUCAUGAAAGUAUUAAUUUGGGUUACAAUAAGAGAAAAGCAGGAGAGGGAAUAACAACGGAAGCUUAUGAUUCAAUGGUAAACAAUAUUAUAGAGCAAAUUCGUAUAUAUAAUUGCUAA